AUGGCGACGGCGUCCACCUCAGACGACGGAGAGGAUAACGAUGAUCACGCGGAUGAAUUCGAGCAGGCAUACAAAUUGCGAUUUGAGGACCCAGAGCGAAGCAACGAAUUCCUUCGAUCUUAUGCUCGUGAAGUUGCCGCGGCCAAGUCUGUCAAGCGCGAGGAGAAGAGCGGUCGUAAGCGUCAGCAUGAGCUCGAACGUGAGCGCAAGGAAGCCGAGAAAAAGGAGCGACGUGAGGAGAAGACUCGCCUAAAGAAGCUCAAGCUUGAUGAAGCCCAGGAGGAGCUGCUCAAGAUUAAGUGCACAGCCGGCGAUGAUGCUUUCACAUCGGAUGAAGAGGGAGAAGGCGGAGAAAAGAAGUCAAAGCGCCCCAAGAAGCCAAAGUGGGAUGACGAUAUCGACAUCAAGGAUCUCAUCCCAGAUUUUGAGGACCAUGAAGAGAAGCCAGAGAACAGCCUAAGCGACGUCGAAGAUGGUGCCGCUGAGGAGGAGGAUGACGAAGAAGAUGAAGACGGCCGACCCUCCAAGAAGCGCAAGACAGAUCAUAAGAAGGCCCGCAAGGAGUCUCAGAAGCAAGCUCGCCAGGAGCGCGCCAAGCUCGAGGCCCUCGUCGACUCCACACUCGAGCUCUCAGACCACGCCCUUCUCAAGCAGCCCUCCCACACUCCCUUCCGCUACCGCGAGACCUCACCACAAUCCUUUGGCAUGACGGCCCGCGAUAUCCUCCUCGCCCCCCUCCGACGCCGCCCUCAACGACUAUGCCGGUCUCAAGAAGCUCGCCACUUUCGGCGAUCAGGAGGAGAAGCGAAAGAGGUCCAAGGGCAAGAAGGAUGCUUCUGCCGCCGCAGCAGCGGAGGAAUAGAAGGAUAUCUUUGGGGACAUUUGAGCGAGAUACCGCUGCGCUAG